UUCUUGUCGCUUUCCGGAAAUUUCGUCAUUUGGUCACGCUGCAAUUCAUUUUCGCUUCCUAAAUGUUCCACGCGAUGUCGAAGCACGCACCGUUUGCUUAAUGAGCACACAGAAGAGACACAUAUCAACGAUCGGACACGUGUUCUUAGUAUGCUUUGUGGCACAUGUCAUUGUGAAAUACAUAACUUCACGUGACAGAAUGGCUUUGACUGUCCCUGCAACUGCGCACCAAAAUGUCGUCUGCUAGAUCUAGUGCCAGGCGGGCGAGUCACAGCUGCUUUCUUCUCUGCCGUGAGGGUUUUUAUUCUUCAGCCCCAUCCCAGUCGGCGAUAUACAACAACUGACCCAGCCACUGAACAUCACUAGGCAUCACUAGGUUUUGACAAUGUCUGACGCACGGCUGUGAUAUUUAGAUCUGUACAUGUUAUGAAUAUGAAUAACGACAGAAAUUCACGUGAGCUGCAUAACAAUCACAUGGAUCGACUGACAUACCAUAGUUUACUGACUUCCAUAUGGUGCCUUACUUAAGAUUUUUCACACAAAUUCAAAAGAGCAUUUCCUCUGAUCACAAUCAAUUUACCAGUGUCCUGUCUACAACAUGGCUGAGAAGCAUGGCGCAGUGGAGUUUGUUUUGGGGGGAAUAGCGACAUGUGGUGCGGGGUUUUUCACGAACCCCCUGGAGGUGGUGAAGACACGGAUGCAGCUACAGGGGGAACUCCAAUCGCGGGGGCAGUAUGCCAUCCACUACAGAAACGCUGCCCAUGCCUUCUACACUGUAGCCAAGAACGAUGGAGUGUUCGCACUUCAGAGUGGCCUCGUCCCUGCGUUGUGGUACCAGUUCUUCAUGAAUGGCAUCCGGCUUGGAAGCUACCAACUCCUAAUAAACUUGGAGAUGACGAUGGACAAAACAGGACAUCCAAGCUUCCUACGCAGCGUCAUGGCUGGAGCAUUUGCAGGAUGUAUUGGAGCCAUGGUCGGGAGCCCAUUUUAUAUGGUGAAGACGCAUCUCCAGGCCCAGGCUGUCCGGGACAUUGCCGUGGGAACCCAGCAUCCCCACGAGAGCAUGAGUCAUGGUAUACGCACAAUAUACUCCCAGUUUGGUGUGCAGGGAUUGUGGCGAGGCGUCAACGCAGCCAUCUGCCGCGUCACAGUCGGCUCCGCAUCACAGCUGUCCACUUUUUCUGUUGCGAAGGAUUACGUUGUGGAACGCCAGUGGUUUCCGAGAGACAGCUGGAUGAACGCUCUGUCAGCCAGCAUGGCCAGCGGCAUCAUCGUCACCUGCUUCAUGACGCCGUUCGACGUGGUGACAACGCGACUCUACAACCAGGGCGUGGACGCACAUGGAAAGGGGCUGCUGUACUCGGGGGUGUCCGACUGCCUCGUGAAGAUUCUCAGGAAGGAGGGUUUCUGGGGGUUCUACAAGGGCUGGGGGGCAAGCUACUUCAGACUCGGACCACACACGGUCAUCAGUCUUGUGUUGUGGGAUGAGGUGCGCAAACUCUACUCCCUGUGGAAGAAACCUCACCAGGGCAAGAAGGAAACAUACCAGAGCUGAUACACAUGAGUUAUACCUGUAUAUUGCCUAGCCUCAUCAGCAACGUGGACCACAUUCAAAUGUAGCUGUGUGGUGGCCAUCCUCAUCAGGAAGGUGGACCACACCCAAAUGUAGCUGUAUAGUGGCCAUCCUCAUCAAGAAGGUGGACCACACCCAGAUGUAGCUGUGUAGUGGCCAUCCUCAUCAGGAAGGUGGACCACACCCAGAUGUAGCUGUGUAGUACCCAUCCUCAUCAGCAAGGUGGACCACACCCAGAUGUAGCUGUAUAGUACCCAUCCUCAUCAGGAAGGUGGACCACACCAAGAUGUUGCUGUGUGGUACCCAUCCUCAUCAGGAAGGUGGACCACACCCAGAUGUAGCUGUGUAGUACCCAUCCUCAUCAGCAAGGUGGACCACACCCAGAUGUAGCUGUAUAGUACCCAUCCUCAUCAGGAAGGUGGACCACACCCAGAUGUAGCUGUGUAGUACCCAUCCUCAUCAGGAAGGUGGACCACACCCAGAUGUAGCUGUGUAGUACCCAUCCUCAUCAGGAAGGUGGACCACACGCAAAUGUAGCUGUGUAGUACCCAUCCUCAUCAGGAAGGUGGACCACACGCAAAUGUAGCUGUAUAGUGGCCAUCCUCAUCAGGAAGGUGGACCACACCCAAAUGUAGCUGUGUAGUACCCAUCCUCAUCAGGAAGGUGGACACACGCAGAUGUAGCUGUGUAGUACCCAUCCUCAUCAGGAAGGUGGACCACACCCAAAUGUAGCUGUGUAGUACCCAUCCUCAUCAGGAAGGUGGACACACGCAAAUGUAGCUGUAUAGUGGCCAUCCUCAUCAGGAAGGUGGACCACACGCAGAUGUAGCUGUGUAGUACCCAUCCUCAUCAGCAAGGUGGACCACACGCAGAUGUAGCUGUGUUGUACCCAUCCUCAUCAGGAAGUUGGACCACACCCAAGUGUAGCUGUGUAGUGGCCAUCCUCAUCAGGAAGGUGGACCACACCCAGAUGUAGCUGUAUAGUGGCCAUCCUCAUCAGGAAGGUGGACCACACCCAGAUGUAGCUGUAUAGUACCCAUCCUCAUCAGGAAGGUGGACCACACCCAGAUGUAGCUGUGUAGUACCCAUCCUCAUCAGGAAGGUGGACCACACCCAAAUAAAGCUGUGUAGUGGCCAUCCUCAUCAGGAAGGUGGACCACACCCAGAUGUAGCUGUGUAGUACCCAUCCUCAUCAGGAAGGUGGACCACACCCAGAUGUAGCUGUGUAGUACCCAUCCUCAUCAGGAAGGUGGACCACACCCAGAUGUAGCUGUGUAGUACCUAUCCUCAUCAGCAAGGUGGACCACACCCAGAUGUAGCUGUAUAGUACCCAUCCUCAUCAGGAAGGUGGACCACACCCAGAUGUAGCUGUGUAGUACCCAUCCUCAUCAGGAAGGUGGACCACACCCAGAUGUAGCUGUGUAGUGGCCAUCCUCAUCAGGAAGGUGGACCACACGCAGAUGUAGCUGUGUAGUACCCUCAUCAGUUGUAGUAGUGUAAUGGUCUUUCCUCCUGAUGAAGCUGUGGUGUGCUGUAUCUGAUGUGUUGGAUAAUUAAAAGUGGACCAGUUAAGUGAGGGUUGACAGUGGUUCAUGAAAUCUGCAUUUUUCAAGGCUGUAUCAUAGUUAUAUUGUGUUUUUUAUAUCUUUAUGCUGAGAAUUUGGAGUUGACUAGGUAGCAAAGACUGAUGUUUGGGUUGACUAGUUAGCAAGGACUGAUGUUUGUGUUGACUAGUUGGCAAGACUGAUGUUUGAGUUGACCAGUUAGCAAAGACUGAUGUUUGGGUUGACUAGUUAGCAAAUACUGAUGUUUGAGUUGACUAGUUAGCAAAGACUGAUGUUUGAGUUGACUAGUUAGCAAGGACUGAUGUUUGUGUUGACUAGUUGGCAAAGACUGAUGUUUAAGUUGACCAGUUAGCAAAUACUGUUGUUUGAGAUGACUAGUUAGCAAAGACUGAUGUUUGGGUUGACUAGUCAGCAAAUACUGAUGUUUGAGUUGACUAGUUGGCAAAUACUGAUGUUUGAGUUGACCAGUUAGCAAAUACUGAUGUUUGAGUUGACUAGUUACCAAAGAAUGAUGUGGGUUGACUAGUUAGCAAAGACUGAUGUUUGAGUUGACCAGUUACCAAAGAAUGAUGUUUGAGUUGGCUAGUUAGCAAAGGCUGAUAUUUGAGUUGACUAGUUCCCAAAGACUGAUGUUUGAGUUGACUAGUUGACCAUUAAUAGUGUAGUGUCCUCAGCGUUUACUUGGUGAAUGGAAUCUGUCACAUUAUUAAUAACUGUUUGAUUAUUAUUGCUAGUUACCAAAGACUGAGAUGGUUGUGUUUGACAAGUUAGUAAGGUUUGAGAUGUUUUUUUGUUGAUGAGUUAGCAAGGACUGAGUUGUUUUCGUUGACGAGUUAGCAAGGACUGAUGUUUGAGUUGACGAGUAAGCAAGGACUGAGACGUUUCUGUUGACAAAUUAGCAAGGACUGAGUUGUUUUCGUUGACGAGUUAGCAAGGACUGAGUUGUUUUCAUUGACGAGUUAGCAAGGACUGAGUUGUUUCAGUUGACGAGUUAGCCAGGACUGAGUUGUUUCAGUUGACGAGUUAGCAAGGACUGAGUUGUUUCAGUUGACGAGUUAGCAAGGACUGAGUUGUUUCAGUUGACGAGUUAGCAAGGACUGAGUUGUUUUCGUUGACGAGUUAGCAAGGACUGAGUUGUUUUCGUUGACGAGUUAGCAAGGACUGACAUAAGAUGUUGUGUGUUGUGUGAUGUUUUAGUGACAUGACAAUCACGUCCAGAAUGGAUGGGAUUCAAUGUGUGUUAAAUGUAUCAUCACUUUGCAGUGUGUGAACUUAAGGUUGGAGUUCAACGAUUGUCCAGACGUCUGUGGAUUUCAUAGCUGAAGUAUACCCCAGUUUUCUCACUGUACCAGCAUGUUUAGCCAGUGAAGAUAGAUGAGAAUAUAUGUACAGAGUUCUGGGUGAUUACAAAAACAGAUGCUAGUGAUAAAUAUACAGGAAAACAUUUCCAGAUGGUGACAAGGAGGGGGGCCCAGGGUAGAUCGCGUGGAGGGGGAGUGGGUGUAGACUUGAAUCCAGUCAACACGGCAGCUAUCAUUUGCCUUACAGUUGUUGUGAAUCAAUAGAUUUCUACCUGAUCUCCAAUAAAAUUGUGAAGUGAGAUAUUAUGGACCAAAGUUUGCAGGGAGGGCAACGUACUAAUGACUUAAUACUGGUCCGACAUAAUCGGAUACUCACCAUAACCUGGUAUAUCAUCAGACAGUUUUAUUGAGAAUGGAUUACAGUUGUAUGAAUGAGAAUAUAUUGAAAAGCUCAGUGUCUUUUUAUAAACGAAAUCCCACCAUGAGUCAGCAGGUGACUUCAUCAAGAAGCGUUGUACUUCUGUUGACGAAUGCUACAAGGGUUGAUUGAAAUGUUCUCACGCGGAAGCAAUUGCAUUAUAGUGACACUUGUUGUGUUAAAGUGGUCCAUCCAGAAAGACUUGAGUCAAUUGAGCAAAUUGUUUCGCUGUGACUAAAAUAAGCAGGGGUCUGUGACCAAACAUUCCAAGUCAAGUCUCUGAUAAUAGCAAUUAUAACCUUAGAAAUAGAUCUAACAUACAAACAAUCAAAUGUAGAACCCAGACCUAUGCAAAGUCAUUUCUUCUGGAUACGAUUAACCUGUGGAACACACUACCCAAUGAAGUUACUAAUGCUUGCCCAUUAAAAGAAUUCAAAUCCUUAAUUAAUCGUUCUGAUACAAUUAUUAAUUAUUUUGACUUAAAAUACGGUCAUAGAUCAUGCCAAGUUGUCCACUGUCGCCGUAGACUCAGCUGCAGUGACUUACACGCUGGUGUGAAGUGACAACAUCACCAUUAUAGAUGGAAGUGUGUCCUUGGUCAUACUUUGACAUCAAUCCUUGAUUAUUCAGUUUAUCAGAUGCCCAUUCCAGUUGGAUAAAUAGCUGGACCCGUUCUCUACCACAGCACGAUGGCAUGACACUAAACAUACUCCACGAUAUUUUUGAAAAUAUACUUACCGCCAAAGGAAACACAAAUGCCAUACGUAUUGAUUAAUAUAUGAAGAAUUAUUCAUAUUCAAGAGAUAUUAGAUUGGUUGAUGCACAAACGAACAUAAUGGUAUGUUGUGUGAACCGAUGAUCAUGAACGCAUCACAUGUGAUGUCAUAGAUCCAUGACUCGAGAUGCACCAUUUGUCUCCUGCAGAAUUAGCAUGUAAAGUUUGAAAAUCAUGAGCAGCAUAUCGUGAUGAGAAUAAAGACACUUUGGUAACACUUCACUGAUUGUUAGUUUUGUCAGAAAGUGGUACACAUUGGAAACAUCUCUUCUUAACGUACAUACUUUCUUUAUGUUUCAAUGGUUCGCGUUUCUUUUGGCGGUGAGUAUAUAAUGGCGAUAUUAUGCACAGGAGAUUCAAGAUGUUCGCUGUCACAGAAAUCUGUUCUUCCCUAACCAAGCCACUGAACUUAUUAAUUUGUCCAAGUGUUUGAAUGAGAAUAAUCAAAAUGUGUUUUGAAAUAAAAGAUUGUCUGGA